AGAUCUGAGAUUAUUCAAAAUGGCAGCCCCCUAUAACCAAUACAGAAACGUUGGCAAAGAAUAGUUCUAAGUCUGUUUUUAUCUUACUUUGUGUUAAUUGAAGAAUUCAGCAUGGGGGUCCUUGAGAAGAUUUCUGAAAUCGAAAAGGAAAUUGCUAGAACUCAGAAAAAUAAAGCCACUGAGUACCAUCUUGGUUUGCUGAAGGCAAAACUUGCAAAAUAUAGACAACAACUCCUAGAGCCUACAGGAAAAGCUGGAGCAAAGGGAGAAGGUUUUGAUGUUAUGAAAUCUGGUGAUGCCAGGGUUGCUUUAAUUGGUUUCCCAUCAGUUGGUAAGUCAACAUUGUUGAACACCCUAACAUCUACACACAGUGAGAGUGCUAAUUAUGAAUUUACAACACUGACAUGUAUACCUGGAGUUAUAGAGUACAAUGGUGCUAAUAUACAGUUACUUGAUUUACCUGGAAUUAUUGAAGGAGCUGCUAAAGGUAAAGGUCGAGGGCGUCAGGUGAUUGCGGUGGCGAGAACGGCUGAUCUUGUCAUUAUGAUGAUUGAUGCUACAAAAAAAGAUGUACAAAAGGAACUUCUCACAGCUGAGUUAGAAAGUGUUGGUAUACGACUUAAUAGGAACAGACCGAAUAUUUAUUACAAACCAAAGAAGGGUGGAGGGAUUUCAUUCAACUCAACAGUGCCCCUUACAAAGACAAGCGAAAAAAUGAUCCAGUUAAUUUUACAUGAAUACAAAAUAUUUAAUGCAGAAAUAGUAUUUCGUAGUGAUUGUACUGCAGAGGAGUUUAUAGAUGUAGUUGUUGGUUCCCGGGUAUAUAUGCCAUGUCUUUAUGUAUAUAAUAAAAUAGAUCAGAUAUCAAUAGAAGAAGUUGAUCGGCUAGCCAGACUACCAGAUUCUGUUGUUGUAAGUUGCAAUAUGAAGCUCAACCUAGAUUAUCUGCUGGAAACUGUAUGGCGAUGUUUAGCACUAGUCAGAGUUUAUACUAAAAAACGAGGAGAGCCUCCAGAUUUUGAAGGAGGUCUUAUCUUGCGGCGAGGAUGUACAGUUGAACAUGUUGUAAGUAUCUGUUAUAUCCCAGCAAUAUACAUUUUACUAAAUACAAGGGCAGGAUGUACAGUUGAACAUGUUUGUCAUGCGAUUCACAGGACCUUAGUGGCUAAUUUCAAUUACGCUUAUGUUUGGGGAAGAAGUGUAAAGUUUUGCCCACAGAGAGUAGGACUACAACACCUCAUGUGUCAUGAUGACGUUAUACAGGUUUUUAAAAAGUAGUCCCAUAUUGUGAAAAAGUAGUCCGGCAUUACUUCAUAUUACACAACUACAGAACUCAGCACCAUUCAUUCAUGAAUAAAAUGAUGAUUUUAUAAAGCAUUUUAUGAUAUUUGGGAAUGAAAGAGACAAAGUGUGAACGUUCUCUGUACUUGCUGCUUAUAACUUUAACAUCUUCAUAAUGUGUAUGGAUUUAAAAUAUAUACCUUGACAGUGUUAUAAAAGUGCUGACUAGACUAUUGUGCUAAAACUGUUAAUUUGUUAUUUGUUCUACUGAAAUACCCAUGAACUUAUAACAUGAAAAUUGAAAUGACAUGUUGAAUACUUAUCUUGUUUUGUAUUUGCCCUCAUGUACUUUCAUACAAGCUUGUUAGCUCAGUUUUGUUCAGAGUUUAACAGAUUCAUUUUUUCUGUACUUUAUACAUACUUGUACUAAAUGGAUUUGAACCAAACUUCCAAGUUAUAGAGAUGAUUGUGGUCUGAUGCAUAAGAUGGUCACAGAAACAAAAAAAGUCCCAAAUGUUUCAUAAAACUCAUCCAAAACUGACCAGUGAUGUUGUACAAAAGUUAUUAUUAUAAUCAUACUCCUGGGUACAAUUGAGAUCCUAGGACAGUCAUCUGAAACAUGAUUAUGGGUUGUUCAAAAUUAUGUAGACUUGCUUAGUCAUUUCAAAACUGCGCAUUAUUUAUGAAUAAAAAUUACACCACUUUA